AUGCUCCGGUCCGUGUUCGCCCGCCUGGGCACCGCCCUGCCAUCCAGGGACCUCGGGCGCAUGGCGCUGUUCCUUCUCCUUGGGUCCUUCCUCGCCGGGGCAUCGGUGCGCCUGCUGACCAACGGUCGCCCCCGGCGGCCGGGCGCUGGCCAAGCGUCCAGUAACUCGGCCGAGCCGGCGCCCCCGGGCUCCACCGGGCCCGGCGGGGCGGCGCCCGUCGCGUCGCCCGCCGCGCCGGCCACCGCCGGUGGCACUCCCGCCCCGGCCUCCAUCCUCACCUCGGCUGCCGCCGCCGCCGACGACGACGGGGCCACCUCGGCCGCCGCCCCGCCGGGCAAGCCGGCCCUGCCGGCGCACAUUCCCCUGGGCCUGGCCACGGCCUUCGGGCCGGCCGCCCAGAUGGAGGACGUCUUCCUGCUGGCCCUCGGCCUGGCGGUGGUGCAGCAUGCCCUGCCGGACGGGGCGCCGGCCGGCCCGUUGCGCCGGCUGCACCCGUUCGAGGACCGCCGGCGUCUCUUUGCCCUGACCUGCCUGGACAUGGGGCAGGCGCUGGUCGAGGCGACGGCCGGGCCGGAGUUCGCGGCCCCCGGGUCCCCGGGCGGGACCCUCUCCGGGGGGAGCAUGCGCCGGCAGGGGGCCGGCCGGCGGCCGGCCCUUCCCGGGGCCGCGGCCAAGGCCGGGUCGGUCCUCCCGUCGGCCGGCCCGCCGGGGCCGCUGCUCCCGGCCGGGACCUUCGCCUCGUUGCUCGGCCUGCCGGGGGUGGAUCUGGACCGGCUGGCGCAUCCGGUCGGCUGGCCGGCGUCCAGCACCCGGGCGUCGGACCCCCAGGCCCCGGAGCAUGCCGCCCUGGCCGCCAUCCAUGCGUUCGAUCUGCUGGCCGCCCAGGCGGUGGAGCUGUCGCGCGAGUUCCCCGAGCUGGAUGCCAGCCCCACCGGGGGGGCGGCCUCGCCGGCCCGGCGGUCGUACUCGCUCCGGUCGCGGCGCCAGGCCUCGGCCGCGGCGCUGGCCGCCUCGCCCGGGGGCGCCUCGCCGGGGGGGACCCUGUCGCGGUCUGGCGGCGCGGCGGCGGCGGCGGCCAUGCUGGCCGACGCGCCGGCCGACCCGGCCACCGCCGGGGCCCUGCCCCUGUCGGAUGCGCGGAAGUUCGAUCUCCUCUGGCGGUCGCUCUUCGCCACCGAGUGCCAGUCCCUCGGGCAGGCGUCCCCCGAGCCGGGGCUCUUCUCCGGGGUCUUCCAUGAUUCGAUGCUGCCGCACCUGCAGGAGCAGCUGGCCGGCGGGACGGCCGCCGGCGCGGCGGCCGCUCCGCAAGCCGCCGCGCACCUUUGGCGCGCCGACCCGAGCUCCGCCUCGGAGCCGCCCCCGGCCUCGGCGGAUGCCCUCUCGGCCUCCGGGUACUACCAGCGCAUGGUGGGUGCCGGGCCGGGGCCCGGGGCGGCGGCCCCCUCGGCGGUCGGCUGGGCGGCCAUCGGCCUGCCGGGGCCCGAUGUGACCAUGCACUUCUUCCAGGGCGGCCAGUGGGCGCUGGGCUUGCUGCUGGACUUCGCGGUCCUGCGGCCGGUGGAGUGUCGCCGGGUCUUGCGCAUCGCCCAGGGCCUGUCGCCGUCGCCGCUGCCCGGGGACACCGGCCACGGGUCGGACCCCAUGGCCCGGGGGGCGUGGUGCGGCCCGCCGGACUUGGAGCCCUGGCACGCGGUGCAUGACGAGGCCAAGGUGACCGGGUUUGGCUUCGGCCCGGCGGCCCUGAAGCUGGCCGGCUGGCUGUUGGAUGUGUGCCUGCGGCCGCGGGCGGCUGGCAGCCUGGCUGGCGAUGCGGCGGCCGCCGGCGGGCCGCCCCUGUCCCCGGCGCUGGCCAUGGUGCCGCCGCUGAAGCCGGUGCUGCUGGCCAUGGUCGGCGAGGCGGUCACCCUGCUGGGCGUGGGGGCCGGCGAUGUGGAGGCUCUGGGCCACAUCGGCCGGUGGGCCGCCGGCCGGCUGUUUUCCUUCUGCUUCGUGCGCCUGGCCGAUGCCUGGCGUGCGCGCGUCCUGGCCCGGUCGAUUGAGGCCCUUGCCGGGGAUGGGGCCGGGGAUGGGGCCCCGUCCGGCAGCCCGACCUCCCCGUCGCUGGGGCUGCCCCAGGCCGACCCGUUUGUGGCCUUCUUCGAUGGGGAGAUGGAGCUGGCCCUGCUGGCGGAAUUGCUGUCCAUGCGCCUGGGGGAUGUGACCGGGCGCGAGGCGGCCGGCUCGCCGGCCUCCUUCACCCUGAACAGCUCGCAAUCGGCCUUCGCCGCCUGGGCUCUGAGUCUCUUCCCCCAGUUUGAGGACAACCUCUCGGUGUAG